AUGGUCUCAUGCCGAGACGCCAUCCGCCAGGCGAGGGUGACCCGAGUGAAGUCGAAGGGUCUUCAAGCGCUUCGAGAUGUGAAUCUAAAGCAUAGUGAGAAUGGCGCGCACCGAGUCUUUCGGACAUUUGGACAAUCCCUGCCGGUGAAGAUAAGCAAGACAGAUGUGGAGAGCAUGAAGGACUUUCCAUAUGUGAGAUUUUCCUCCUGGAUGAAAUACUUAAUCGAGGAGGACUACAUGGAGCAUUUGGUGGGCGUUUCAGAUUUGGCAGAAAUGAAGAAGACCCUCACACUGUUUUGGAAGCGCUACCAAAUGUCAAACCCAAACCACAGAAUGUUCCACAGCGACACUGGAGCAGCCUGCCAUCCCGAGGUCACGAUCCCGAUUCUCCACCACGGGGACGAGGGGCGAUCCCACAAGAAGAAGCAAAUCAUGAUACUGAGCUUGGUAGGCAUUCUAGGCCGCGGAACUUCCCGAUGCAACCGCUCCACUGAUGAAGGGUCGGCAAUGGACGAGUCAUCACCGUUGCAUCUGAGUAUGCUGGGGGACAGUCUGCAGAACCACUUUUUGUUUGCGGCUCUUCCCAUCAAGCUGUACAACCAAACUGAUUCCUUAUACCAGGUCCUUUCAUUGAUGGGCGAUGAGAUGGACGCGCUGUUCAACCAAGGGGUUCUCAUUGGUCAGCAAAGAUACUUUGUAGCGAUGCUGGGAGUCAAAGGUGAUUCCCCGUAUUUGGCGAAGUCGGGUCGGUUUGAGCGUACGUUUUGUCGAAGACCCACAAAGCAUGUCAGCCAAAGUCUGUGCAUCGGAAUAUGCCACCGCUGCCUAGCUGGAAGAGAAGGCUGGGUAGUGGACCUACCGUAUGAGGAAUUUGGCGCAGAGUUUCCUACUUGGUCAAUCACAGAGGCUCUAGAGAAGCCAUAUGUAGUUCCUUCACCACUCCUUCGGGUCCCUUUCCUGAAAGAGGAUGCUGACGACGGCGAUUUGUCAUUCUGGCAGUUCGACCUGUUUCAUAACAUACAUCUUGGAAUGGGAAAGAAUUUCAUUUCCAGUGCUGUAUGUAUAUGCAUUGAACUCUUGGACGGUAGCUUGGAGCGUGCCUUCCAAAGCUUGACAUUGGAUUUCCAGCAGUACUGUCGCAGCAACCACGAAAGCCCAUACCACAAAAAGCUUUCUCCAUCCCUCUUUGGUGUGGACAGCGGGUUCAACCAGACUCCAGAAGCAGGGUGGAGCAAGGGAGACUUCACAAGGUUGGUCCUGAAGUGGUUUGAAGACUAUGCCAAGAGGGAGGUCCUCGGCAAAACUCAAGAUCCCAUUUGUCUUGCUUGCGUUGAAGCGACACAGGCCAUCAAUGAGUGCCUCUCAGGGCUUUACAGCGAGGGAUUGUUUCUGAAGGCUGAGCGAGCUGAAUUUUUAGCCCGGCGGGGCUUGAAAUUUUUAGAGAAGUAUUCCCAGUUGGCAUUGAUGUGCUUCAGGGUUGGUAAGCGGCGAUUCCCUUUGAUCCCUAAGGGACAUUACUGCCAUCAUCAAUUCCUUGACCUUCUUCGGGAGUCAAGGAAAGGCCAGUGGUGUCUUAACACCUUGGCGUACUCAAACCAAAUGGCUGAGGACUUCGUGGGGAAGUCCUCACGAGUUUCAAGGCGAGUUUCACCACGGACUACCUCGCUCCGAGUAAUUCAGAGACUUUUCCUUUUGAUGAGGGAUGCAAAUUCAUCACUUUAUGCAGGUGGCAAGGUUGAGAUUUAA